GCGUUUCUUUUCGGCGCUGCUAGGGUUAGGGUUUCGUGUUUUCAUUUUGGCCCCGUUUUUUGGAAGAUUUGAGCUCGUUGCCUGCCAAUGGGAGUACCGGCGUUCUAUAGGUGGCUGGCGGAGAAGUAUCCGUUGAUUGUGGUGGAUGUGAUUGAGGAAGAACCGGUGGUUAUCGAUGGCGUCUCGAUUCCGGUCGAUACCAGUAGACCUAACCCUAACAAUAUCGAAUACGAUAAUCUGUAUCUCGAUAUGAACGGGAUUAUCCAUCCUUGCUUUCAUCCGGAAGACAAGCCGUCUCCAUCAAGUUUCGAUGAGGUGUUUCAGUGCAUGUUUGACUACAUUGACAGACUUUUUGUGAUGGUGCGACCUCGAAAGCUGCUAUACAUGGCUAUUGAUGGUGUUGCUCCUCGGGCCAAAAUGAAUCAACAACGGUCCAGACGUUUUAGAGCAGCUAAGGAUGCAGCAGAAGCGGCAGCUGAAGAAGAACGGUUGCGGGAAGAGUUUGAGAGGGAGGGUAGAAAACUUCCUCCUAAACAAGAUUCACAAGUUGUUGAUUCUAAUGUUAUCACUCCAGGAACCGAAUUUAUGGCAGUUUUGUCAACUGCAUUACAGUAUUAUAUACAUCUUAGAAUAAAUAAUGAUCCGGGAUGGAAAAAUAUUAAGGUUAUUCUGUCUGAUGCAAAUGUUCCUGGAGAAGGAGAACAUAAGAUCAUGUCAUAUAUUCGUCUCCAGCGGAAUCUACCUGGUUCUGAUCCAAAUACACGCCAUUGUCUGUAUGGUUUGGAUGCAGAUUUAAUUAUGUUGGCUUUAGCCACCCAUGAAAUUCAUUUUUCAAUCCUUCGAGAGGUUGUAUUCACCCCAGGACAAGAUAAGUGCUUUCUCUGUGGUCAAAUGGGUCAUGUUGCUGCAGAUUGUGAGGGAAAGGUGAAACGAAAAGCAGGAGAGUUUGAUGAGAAAAGUGAAAAUGUCGUGGUGAAAAAGCCAUACCAGUUUCUCAAUGUCUGGACACUGAGGGAGUACCUAGAAUAUGAGUUUAGAAUUCCCAAUACCCCAUUCAAGAUUGAUUUUGAGUGCAUUGUGGAUGAUUUUAUAUUCAUAUGCUUCUUCGUUGGCAAUGAUUUCUUACCACAUAUGCCCACACUAGAGAUUCGUGAGGGUGCAAUCAACCUAUUGAUGGCAGUAUACAAGAAGGAAUUUAGUUCAAUGGGUGGUUAUUUGACUGAUGGCAGCAAGCCUAAUUUGAGCAGGGUUGAGCAUUUUAUUCAGGCCGUGGGCUCUUAUGAAGAUAAAAUAUUUCAGAAAAGAGCACGAUUACAUCAGAGGCAGGCAGAAAGAAUCAAGCGUGGAAAAGCACAAGCAAGGAGAGGAGAUGAUGCAGAGCCUCAAGUUCAGCCUGAGUCAAUGGUUGCAGUUGCUAGAUUUCACGGGUCCCGCCUUGCGUCAGGCCCAUCAGCAGCACCAUUUCAGAAAAAAGAACCUAAUGCUAGGCCCCAGAAAGUUCGACGGUUAUCAUCAGGGGCUACUAUUGGUGCUGCCAUUGUUGAAGCAGAGAACAGUCUUGAAACAGAUAUGCAUGAGAACAAAGAAGAGUUGAAAGCAAAGCUCAAGGAGUUGCUACGUGACAAGUCUGAUGCUUUCAAUUCAGAUAAUCCUGAAGAAGACAAGAUUAAACUCGGAGAACCAGGGUGGAAAGAAAGAUAUUAUGAGGAGAAAUUUUCUGUGAAAACUCCUGAGGAAAUGGAAGCAAUACGAAAAGAUGUUGUUUUGAGGUACACUGAAGGUUUGUGUUGGGUCAUGCAUUAUUAUUAUGAAGGGGUAUGCUCUUGGCGAUGGUUUUAUCCAUAUCAUUAUGCACCCUUUGCAUCUGAUCUGAAGGAUCUUGGCAAACUAGAUAUAAAAUUUGAACUGGGCUCCCCUUUCAAACCAUUUAAUCAGCUGUUGGGUGUUUUUCCCGCUGCAAGUUCCCAUGCUCUUCCUCCACAUUAUAGGAAAUUGAUGACAGAUCCAAAUUCACCCAUUAUUGAUUUUUACCCAACAGAUUUUGAAGUAGACAUGAAUGGAAAACGAUACUCAUGGCAGGGGGUUGCAAAACUGCCGUUCAUUGAUGAAGAACGACUUCUUGAGGAGGUUGCAAAAAUUGAACAUACAUUGACGGAAGAGCAAGCUCGGAGAAACAGUAUGAUGUGUGACAUGCUUUUUGUUGCAACAUCCCAUCGUCUGUCAGAACAGAUCUUUUCUCUUGACAAUCGUUGUAAACAAUUGUCUGACAGAGAGCGAGUGGAAGUUCUGGAGCAAAUUAGACCAGAAUUGAGUGAUGGGAUGAAUGGUUACAUUUCCCCUUGUGCUGGAGAUACUCAGCCCCCUGUAUUUAGGUCUCCCAUUGAUUUUAUGGAAGAUGUGUUGGUGAAUGAAGUCAUAUGUUGUAUAUACAGACUCCCAAAAGCACAUAAACACAUCACUCGUCCACCCGCUGGGGUUAUAUUCCCUCCUAAGAUGGUGCAGUUAAGUGAUGUGAAACCUGAACCUGUGUUAUGGCAUGAAGAUUCUGGGAGGAAACCAUGGGAAAAUGGAAGGUAUGCUGACAACGGAAGGCAGAACCCCCCUGGAACCAUUUCCGGCCAUAAGCUUGGAGAGGCAUCCCAUCGGCUGCUUGUUAAUAGCUUACAGUUGAAGGUUGAUAGUAAUGGGUUCAGCAAUAACAUGCAUGCUCUACCACCAGCUUAUGCCAAUGCUCCCCAUGUUCCACCAAUUAACCCUCAUACAAAUUAUGGGUUUCAUAAUCAGGGUCAACAUAGAAUGCCUGUAGCAGAUUAUUCGGGUGCUGGUUACCGUGGACCUUCAACGCCUACUAUGCAACCCCCCUUUGCUCAUCGAUAUGAUCAACCCUAUAGUCCUCCAGCUUCCUACCCUCCUCACACUGGGUCUCGUCCUCAUUAUCAGAGAAGUAACCAAGCUGCUUCCAUCAGCCAUGUUUCUUACCCUCCAGGAUUUCAUCCAGAUGGUGGAUCAAGGCAUAUGCAAAGGCCUGUUGCACAAAUGUCAACUGAGGUGGGUGCCUAUCCGUUUCAUCAAGGUGGGUAUGAUGCCGACCAAGGGUACCCAUCAACUGGUGAUGGUAAUUAUCAGCAGUGGGGAGUUGGGGGGAACCAGCACACUUCUGGAGGGUACAGCCACCAUAGGCAAGGUUCAGUUAACCACAGCACUCAGAGAGGGCGUGAGCAUCAUCAACCAAGAGAGAACCAUCCUCACCAACGGUGGCAGGAUCAACAGCGAGGUAACAACCCACAGAAACAAUACGAUAGGAACCAACAACACAGAGGGCACCACUCACAAAGAAACAACCAGCAACAUAGAACUAACUCUUAUUCUGUAUUAGACAGAAGGCAAUAAGAGAAGGCCGCCACCACCAUUUGGAAAUAGACGUCAAUUAAUGUAUUCUUGGCUUAUCACAUUGAGUUUGUUGUAUAAUAGCCUGUGGAGUGAUUUCCUUCAAGGAGAUCGAUGGGAAAAAGGUUGCUAGCAUGCCAGACUACUAUUCUUUUUUACACAGUUCUCUAAUUCGUUUUGCUUGUUUGUACGAGUGAUUUCAAUGAUAAAAUAUUAAUAACAAAAUUAUGUGAAGCUGAAGCUGUAUGUGGGUAGUGUUGACUCUGACACGGUAGAAGUUCAUUGUGGAGCCGUGUAUGGGUGUGGUAUUGAUUCUUUGUUGAAGCUGUCGUUGCUUUUCUACGGCGUAAAACAUGGGGAAUGCCGGUGGAUAUUGAAGGACGGGGAAUAUGUUCUGUCCAUCUGGACAGUGUG